AUGUCCGGGAAGCAUUACAAAGGGCCCGAAGUCAGCUGCUGUAUCAAAUAUUUUAUCUUUGGCUUCAAUGUCAUUUUCUGGUUUCUGGGCAUAGCAUUUCUUGGAAUUGGAUUGUGGGCAUGGAAUGAAAAAGGAGUGCUGUCCAAUAUCUCCUCCAUAACUGACCUGGGAGGCUUUGAUCCAGUUUGGCUCUUCCUUGUGGUAGGAGGAGUCAUGUUCAUUUUGGGAUUUGCAGGAUGCAUUGGAGCUUUGCGAGAAAAUACCUUCCUUCUCAAGUUCUUUUCUGUAUUCCUGGGAAUUAUUUUCUUCCUGGAGCUCACUGCUGGUGUUCUGGCAUUUGUUUUCAAAGACUGGAUCAAAGACCAGCUGUAUUUCUUUAUAAACAAUAACAUCAGAGCAUACAGAGAUGACAUUGAUUUGCAAAACCUUAUAGACUUCACACAGGAAUAUUGGCAGUGCUGUGGAGCCUUCGGAGCUGAUGACUGGAACCUCAAUAUUUACUUCAAUUGCACAGAUUCCAAUGCGAGUCGAGAGCGCUGCGGCGUGCCGUUUUCAUGCUGUACUAAAGAUCCUGCCGAAGAUGUCAUUAACACUCAGUGUGGCUACGAUGCCAGGCAAAAACCGGUAAGUGAGGUUGAUCAGCAGAUUGUUAUCUACACUAAAGGUUGCGUCCCCCAGUUUGAGAAAUGGCUGCAGGACAAUCUUACUAUCGUUGCUGGCAUCUUCAUUGGGAUUGCGUUGUUGCAGAUAUUCGGGAUAUGCUUAGCCCAGAACUUGGUUAGUGACAUUGAAGCUGUCAGAGCCAGCUGGUAAAACUGCUGAAAUAACCG